GUACAUGGAGCAGGGAUGAAUAGUAGAAGUAGUGGAGGCAAGGGAGAGUUCUGGGGAUGUAUACGGGAUGGAAGAGGAGGUGGGGAAACUAGAGGGGACGCAGAUGGGAUGAAAGCUGCCACCAGACACCAACCUGCAAGGGACACAGUCCUGGUCCCACACAGAGACCAAGAAAGUGUCACUGCUCUGUGUGUGUCAACCCAUUGGGGACCCACAACACCACCACUCCUUGGGCACCACAAAUACCACAUGAGGAGGUGACAUCACAGCAUCCUGUCCACAAGAGGAUCUGUCAGCAGCUCUCCUGCCUCUUCCUGUGCCCACUGCAGUCUCACUGUCCCCAAGCUGAUCCUGCUUCAUGGCAACAAUGGUGCUGGGCCUCAUCCUGGGUGAGUGACAAUGGGGACGUGGUGCCACGGGGGUUGGUGGCCCUGUGUGAGACCAGGACCAUGUCCCUUGCAGGUUGGUGUCUGGUGGCAGCCAGCAGGGCACAGCAGCUGCCCCCACCCUCCCUGUGGCUGCACCCCAGCCAGGGGGUGUCCCUGGGGGACACUGUCACCCUGCGCUGCCACCUGCCCCGGCUGGCUGCCUGGGUCCAGCUCUGGUUUAAUGGAACUCUGAGAUCUGACAAGGAAAAAGACGAGGAGCACAAUACAGUUGAGUUCUCCUUGGUUGUCACAAACCUGGAAGACGCGGGGACAUAUCAGUGUCGGUACCAGGUGUCAGAGCCACUGUGGACAUCGAGUAUGAGUGACCCUGUGGAACUGGUGGUGACAGGUGAGGGCACUGGGGACAGUGGGUGGACCUGAUUAUUCCCUAAGGCCCAAGUCCCAUC